GCGAGAUAGAGGAGAAGAAGAACAAGAAGUAGAAAAAAUAGAGGAACUCCGUGAAACUCGAUCUACCUUUAGUUGGUCUUCUCUCUCAAUCAGACAGACUCCUUAUUGUUUAGAAUGAUAGAUCAUUCAUUCUAAAAUACCACCCUGGCCUCCCUCCUCAAUUUCGCCAGGGCCCUCAGUCUCACAUUUCUCUCCUUGCACGACCAACACAACCAAAACUUUCUUCCUUCUUCUCCCUCCGCCUUCCUGCUAAUGGAGGAGAAGCUCCGCCACUAAUCUCCCUUAUAUUCCCGCCGGAAGGCACAACCAAAUUACAAACCGGGAGAAGAAGAAGGCAAUAAGUCGAUCCUAAAUCAAUAAAAAAACCCAAAAUGAUCUUCGACAUCGACAGUAAUGGCAGUAUGCGCCGCGUACUAACGGCGAAAGAGCCCUCGCUACUCUUAAUCCGACCAUCCUCGCCGACAAUAGCUCGUCGGGACUCGUUCCUCCCUCCCCGCCACCGUCGGAGCUACUCAGCAUCCGACGCUUCCUGCUGCAGCGGGAGGUUCGGCGAGUUGGCCGGAGGGACGACGGCGGAGUGCGCGGCGAUUGCAUGUUGCUGCCCCUGUGGACUCGCAAAUCUUCUCUUCCUCACCAUCUACAAAGUUCCUGUGGGACUCUGCAAGAAGGCUAUGCGGCGAAAGAGGCAGCAACAUCUGAUGAAGAAGGGACUCCUCCUCCCACGCGCCCGACGAUGCCAGUGCGGUUGUGACAACACCGAGGUUCAGAUUCACCCCAUCCACGGCGACCCUCAGUCCUUCGACCUCCAGAUGAUGAUGGGGAUGCACUUGGAUUUUGAUGAGGACGACCUCGAUGCCACAACAAAGAAGCUACGCUCUGGCGGAGGGGAGGAAAUGAUGAAGCUGGAGAAGGAGAUGUGGGAGACUUUCUACGACACCGGGUUCUGGAGGAGCCCAUCACAUAGGGAGGAGCCCAUCACAUAGGGAGGCUCUCGGCGCUGUCGGUGGUGUAAAGAGGAACAAUAUCCCCUCAGUCUCCGAUGAGUCCAAUAACCCUAGAGAAGUUUCAUCCAUGCUUAGAAAAAUGUAAGUCCGGGUGAAGUUAAAAAGAGAGAGAAAUCUCUUCUGAAAAGAUGGAAAAUUGAGAGAUGAAACUAGAAAUGGGGUUAAAUGGUUUGAAUCUAUCAAUGCAUUUUUGUUUUUUUUUUUAUUCUUCAUUCUUUCUUUCAAUCAAACCCCUUGCAAAUAUUCAUAGCAGUAUGUCUGUCGUUAUUGUCUCCACCGAUAAACUGUUAUAAUUGUUUUUUACCGGAUUGGAGGUUAACUUUUUUUCAAUCGUUCAUCACUUGAACAACUAUAUUACUCAUUGUAAAAGGGUUUUUUUGUGUUUUGUAAUGAUUUCCAAAUGUACAACAAGCCUGGAAUCAUGUAUGAAUUUGAGAAAGCAACCUAUAAUUGUUUUUGCAGUAUUUAGGUUGGUUUGUGAGUAUUGAUGAAUAUAAUUUGGUCUUGAUUUUCAUAAAUGAAUCAAUUUCUGCUAUUUUUGUGUUCUUCUUGCCAUAUGUGGUUGAGGAAAUGAACAAAUUAAGGCAGGAAAAAAGGGGAGACGGAUGUUAUGUGGGAAGGGGAAGGGUCAAAAAGGUAAACUAAAAAGAGAGAAAACAAAGCCCAGGAUUUUACUCGUCUAGUAAUUAAGUGGCGAUCUCAAAAUAAGUUAAGCGUGCAAGUGAAAAAAUGUUUGAGAUUGUUCAUGUUUGUUAUCUUUGUCGCCAUUCCUCUUGUUAUGCUCUUUCCUUUCCAUUCUUCAUUUGUAUUCGCAAACUGAAGCUGUGGGUGUUCCGAUCCAUACACAGUCAAGAGAGUGCAUAAACAAGGUGUUAGAACCAAUGUUGACAGAACCGAACCGGAGCAUGAACCGAUAUAUUGAAUGGUUCAUACUUUAUUGGUUUAAACGGUAUUAGACCGUUGAAAAUCGGUACACAAUAUAUAUGAAUAUUAUAGAUAAGUAUUGACAUUAUAUAAAUAUAUGCAUUAAAAUGUAAUAAAUACAAAUUUUGAGAACUAAGUGGUAAUUUGUCUUUGAUAUAUAUAAGACCAAAACCCUAAAACCAACCUACCCUCCAUCCUCCCCUUGUCCGCCGCACUUCAGUCUUCACUCUCCAAACUUUUAGAGAAACUCUACAAUCUCCCCCAUCCACCAUCCCCACUUUACCUCUCUCAAUCUCUCUCCCAUCUUCUCCUCCCUCACGUCACAUACCCCAACUUCUCCCCUUUUCCUCAUUCCACCUUCCGGCGCUAUAAAUCAAAUCCCAUUACAAUAGAUAUUCUCGAUUCCUUCUUUAAUUUCUCUUUCUUCUUCCAAUCUUCUUCUGAUCCACUAACCCACCUAAAUCGUACAUAAUGUAGUAAAAAAGUGAAGCUUGACUGCAGCGGAGAGCCGACCUGGGAAGCAACCGCAAGCAAGCCGUCGAGCAGCUCCCUUCCCUUCGUCCCCCAGCAUCUGGCCCUGAGGCGUUUUUGUGGCGGCAAAGAGAUGGGAACUGGUUGGUUGGUUGGAAUGGUUUGAGCGGUUAACCACUCUGUCCGCUCAGCGACCGGCCUUCCUAACCGUUGCGGUUUUUAGAGUGUUCCGGACCAGACUGGUCAUCGGGUGCUGGUUUUACCGGUCCGACCGGCCGGUUCAGGUCGGCUUUAAUAACAUUGGUUAGAACGC